CUAAUAAUAACACUAAUUCGUUUGCGGCGUAUAAAAAAAGUCUUAAUACCACACCUGAUAAAAAUACUAAAAAAAGACAAAAUCCAGAUAACAUAUUUACAAAUAAAAAACCCAAAAAGGAUUCGGAUGAAGGAUCGAAAAGAACUGAUCUGAUAAAUAAAUUAAAAUUAACUAAUAAAAACAUUAAAGAUAUACAAAAAGAAGUUGAUAAAAAAAAUUUCGAAAUCAACAAUUCAUUACUUGAAGCUGAAAAGUCCGAACUUAAAAAACGAAUAGAUAAGUUACAAAGAGAAAAAAAUAAAUAUAUUAAAGAAAGAAGUUCGGUGGUUUUACAAUUAAUUAAAUCUGGCAAAACACUUGAUAAUCUUAUAAAUAGAAGAAAAUUAAUUGGAGAAGAAGUUGUGCAAGAAAUCAAAUCAAACAAUAAAAAUAAAAAUAUACUUAAUUUUGAAGAACUCAAAAAGAAAGAUAAAAAAAACCAAAAUCCUAAUACUAAAAAGGAUCAAAAAGGAAACACUAAAAAAAAAUACGAUAAUGUUUUUGAAAGAUUUUUUGGAUGGGAUGUUGAUAAAUUAGGGAUGUACUAUGAGAUGAAAAUGGCCUCAAAAUUAUUGCCAGGAUCUCGUUUGUUAAAUUUACCUUGUAUCAAUGUCUGUGAUCCUGAAGAAGAAGUUGACGGGAGAAAAAAAACUAUCACAGAUAAAUUAAUAGAUAAUAUUAGAAAUAUAUUUUUUGGUGACAUUUCCCAUGUUGAUGAUUUUGGAACAUUUUUUAAAGAAAUUCAAAUAGAAGAAAUCGAAGGCGAAACCGAAGAAAAAACAAUUAAAAUCGCUCCUAAAGCUCCCAGAAUGAAAUUGAGAGGAAUAUAUUCAGAAUUUGGCUUUAGAAUUGUGUUGAAUGCAGUUAGUAAAGAUUAUGGCGAAUUUAAAGUUUACAAACCACCAGGACCUUUUAUCGUAACUUUAACAUUCUUAGCUUGUAAAGAUGGUGAAUUUUGGAAAAAUAAGGAUAUUGGUAAAACGUACGAUUUUUUUAAACCCGGUGUUACUAGAUUUGAUAAUACGGAUAAUGAUAUACAAAGUAGAAUAAAUGAUAAAUGGGAAGUUAUAAACUCUGUAGAUAGACCAAUCGAUAUCAAUGCAAAAACCAAAGAAGUUCAGAAUUUCUGUGUUUGUGAACCAUACGAGUACACUUUUAAAAUACCAAUGUAUACAGCCCAUGACGGGUCACAAGAACCUAGAAAAGAUCCUGGAAUGCCAUUUUGCUUACCUGGAAAACCUACCUCAGAUGGAAUCCUUUCAUUUGGUUGUGAUAAACAAAAAGGUGGAUUUAGUCCAAAUAUCGCAUGGAUAGUAACAUUAACUGUAGAUCCUUCAGCCUUACAAGAAAAAAUUGAUAAUACACUCUUGGCUAACGCGACCACGAACAAAGAUGAACCAAUCGAUUUAGAAGAUGCAUUAUUUUUUGGAAUAGAACAAAGUAAAACU